UGUUCAGCUGCUCUAUUGUGUGUGUCUGCUGUCUCCAGCACUAUCCAGGGCUCAGGCCUGCAGUCCAGACACUUCCUGUAUGUCAGCGACGUCACAGACGCCUUCCUGACACUCAUGGAGAAGGGCAUUCUGGGAGAGAUCUACAACAUCGGGAGCAGCUUUGAGAUUCCCAUCAUUCAGCUCGCCAGAGAACUAGUGAAGGUGAAAGUGAAGGAUGUCCCCGAGGAAGCGCUGGUGGACUGGAUAGAGUUUGUUGAGGACCGUCCCGUGACGGAGCUCCGGUAUCCCAUGAUAUCAGACAAACUGCACAAACUCGGCUGGAGACCCAAAGUAACCUGGAAGGAAGGAAUCAGACGGACCAUGGUAUGAAGAGAAUCCAAACUACUGGCCGUCGAUCAGUGAGAAUGAAGAGGAAUCGCCAGCGUCGUGUGAUCAGACGCCGUCACAUGCUGUGCCUUAUCACGUCAGAUAAUGACGUUUAUUAACUGAUUUAUACAGUAUCUAUGCAAGAUUGUCCAGCAGCUCCUAAAUAAAGUGCUACUCGGUGAAUGUGAUGGAGGAUUGUUAGAGACUUUAUACUCUAAACAUCAUCAUAAAAUGCCACAGGAUUAAAGAGGACCAAAAGAUAUUUUAAUGGAAACUGUAUGUCUUAAACUGACACAAGCUCAGUUGUUUUGACUGAUUUCAGUAUUUGAUUACGAAAACUCUUCAUUUGUACGAUUGUUUCUGAUCAUUUUUAUGUUUUAAUAAAACAGUUUACAAACAUGCUUGUGAUAAAGUUCUGUUGUUAAUGCGCUGCAUGAGAUGAGACUUU